AUGCUAGAUAAAAAGCUGGGAUUAGGAAACCUGUCUUGUAAGGUCUGUGGACAGAGAUUCCAGACAGGCAUCAAUUACCUCUCAGCUGCCGUUGAUGUAUACUCGGAUUGGGUUGACGCAUGUGACGCCGUCGCUAAGGAUACAGCAAACAAAUACGAAGAGAAUGACGUCCGCGGUGCGCGCUCAACCGGGUAUCCAGAAGACACGGGAGUAGAUGUUGCGGAACAUGGAGAUGAUUAUGACGGAUACUGA